AUGGAGUUUUACUUAGGAAAAUUUGAUCUACCUGAUACAUAUAGGGACCAUCUCAUCCGAAAACAGCGGAAAUUCGAAUUAAUUACUCAAAUUUCAGCAACAAACUACAAAGAAAUCAAAGAGCAACUACUACCUAUGAUUCCGCAAACACUACAAGGCGUAAUAAACUUCUGCGAGUUAUUUAUUGGCAUUUCGAAACGAAAAUCUUACAUAUUACAUUAUUAUAUGUGGGUUUUAUGCGAAUUAUUAAAAAUAGUACCACAACUGUUACAGCCAUCGCCAGUAGAUGUUUUAGAUUCAAGUACAGAUAUCUUUUCUUAUUUUGUAAAAUUUGGAAUUUUCACUCCAGCUCAAUAUCGCUCAGCAUUUGAAAAUAUUUGUAUGCAAGGAGAUCCUGCGGUAAUACGAUCACUAAUUAUUGUAAGUUCAGUGUUUGACAGACAAGAUAUUUUAAAUUUGUAUUUAUCAUCCAAUAAUUUACAAGAUACAAACUACAUGCAUCGCACCAGAUGGGGAACAAUGGGUAGCAUGUAUUCUACUCUACCAACACAGUUCCAAGGCGAUUUAAACAUGUUUUCGGAAGAAGAGGAAGAAAAACCACAAACAAUCGACCAGAGUGGAUUUAUUGAAUUAAUAUCCGAUAAUUUCUCAGAAAUUAUUUCAAUUUUUGAGUGCAGAUGUAAAACAAACUCAAUUUUAACAUCUCUUUUGAAUGAUGACCUCGAAUGGUUCAAAAAACAUUGUAAUGAUGCAACACCUGUUCUUGGAAAGCAUAAGUAUGAAUUUAUGAACGAUUAUUAUGGAGUUACAUCAAAUUCUCAAAUAAUUUUGAUUUCUGCUAUGUUUAAUUCUCAAAAGAUCCUUUCAUACUUGAUCUCCAACUCCAAACAAGACCACCAGUUAAUUAGACUUGCUGCAAUUUUGGCUUUAAAUGGAGAUCUCGAAAAUGUCAAAUUAAUUUCCUCAAAAAUUCCACUUCCUUCAUAUGUAUUUGUCCAAUCCCUUCCUACGAUCAACAUAAAAGUGCUAGAAUACCUUUCUGAGACUUGUCUUGGCCGUAGAAUGACUUAUUCGGCAAAUUCUUAUAUGAAUGAUUCGAGAAGUUCAUUUCCGCCACUUUCAUCAGCUUUUUUGGUCCAGAAAUCGAUUAUUCCUUUACAUUUCUUCCAGAAUUAUACGACAGAUACAACAAUUGAAGAUAUCUUUAGUUUAUAUCUACUUUAUCAUGGCUCGACCACAUUAAAAUUAUCAGAUGCGAUGAUUAUCAUUGAUUAUUUGUUAAGAGCUGAUUUUAAUGACGUUGUAACUGAAUUUUUAAAGAAAUUUUCAAUGUCAUCAAUCUGGACGAAGCUUAUAAUAAGAACAGACCCUGUAACAACGACAAAGAUCUUAAGAAUCCUCAUAGAAAUCAAAGGAUCGAUACCAAUGAAGCAAAUGUGCAAUUUUUUCAGUUAUUCAGUACAAAAUUCAUAUGAUACAGCAAUCAUUGCAUUGGUUUCCAUUGGUGGGAAGGAGUUCUUGGAGUCUAUAAUCCCUUCUACGGGUAUUUCCGUUUUAAAUACGAUCGCAUUUUAUUGUGAUGCGACAGUGAUGAAUAAUUGUCUUAUAAUACAAGAUUUGGAUAUAAAUAAUACUAAAAAUCCUACUCAUGCAGCUCCGAUUCAUUUUGCAGCUGCAAGAUCUGAUCCAUCCAUGGUUUUCAGUUUAAUUUCAAGGCCAGACAUAGAUCUAAAUAGAUAUGAUGGAUAUAACAGAACUCCCCUUGACAUAGCGAAGUUCCCAAGUGUCGCAAAAGCUUUAUUUAAUAACGGAGCAAGAUACGGAACAAGGAAACGACUUGAUACUUUUAAUGAGAGAGAUUUCGUAAGGUCAAACCCUCUAAUGUUCAAGAAUACGUGCUACGGACCGCUUGAAAAAGGAAUAUCAAGAAAUGUUAAUAUGUUUUUCAGGCCACAGAACCCAGGAUAUGAAGAAUGCCAGUCAGCAUUGAUCGUUAAUGGCUCCAAUCAAACGUUUCCUUACAAUAUGUCCGGAUUAUUCCAAUUUGCUUCAAAGUCAUUGCCAGUUGUAAGGGGACCAUACGGUUUCGGAUUCUUUUCACCUCAAAAUGCCUUUGCUAACACAAUUUUUCCAAAUGACAAUUCACCGAAAUUUGGCGGAUAUGGAACAAUUGGAGGCCGAAAAGUUAAUGAGAAAAGAGGUGAUGAUGAGAAAGAGAAUCCAAAAUAA